ACUUAAUAAUAAUGUGCCUGCGAGCAUGUUUAACCGCUCUCCCCACCUUAGAGGCUAAAUGGCUCCUAUAAAUACUAACUUACCCUUCUACUUACUCGGUCAGGUUCUUAACGGCAGAUCAUGAUGGCCUCCCGCCGGGCGUUUGCGUGGCCAGCGGUGCUGGUGCUGGCCCUUGUUGUCGCAGGCACGUCAAUGUUGAGCACGGCACGAGUAUAUAUGAUCGAGCAGGCAUUAUGUCGUACAUAUUACUCCACUGUUUCUCCUGACAAGAUAUUACCGAGCGGCAGUGUCCCUGAGCAAGAGUGUAAGUUAGAUCAAAUUCAAGCAGAUGUCGCACUUUUAUCGGGAUGCUUUCAUGUCAGCAGUUUGGUCCCAGGGUUGAUUGCUGCACCUCUGUAUACACGUCUUGCCUCCAUCCUUGGUAGUAGGACAGUCCUCCUUGUGAGUGUCUGUAGUUUUACGCUCGGAAUCUGCUGUUUUGACUUAAUCUGCUACUUCUACGGGGUCUUCAACAUUUGGAUGAUUCUGUUUACCAACCUGUUCGACCUGAUCGGAGGAGGCACGACGCUGCAAAAAAUCCUGCUCUACACUUAUAUUGCGCAAAGCACCGAUCAAGACUUACUGAGCAACCGGUUGUAUUUUGUCAGCGUGCUACUUCUGGGGACGUCGUUCUUCGCAUCUUUCUUCGGUUCACAAACAAUGAAAGCUAGCGCAUGGUUGCCCCUGAUGAUUGGCACAUUUCUCUGCAGCCUUACCAUUCCGUGUGUCCUCUGCCUCCGUAGACAGGCGAGGGAGAAACCAAAAUACGAUGAACUCCCUAUGGACGAUGUGAGUGGAACACCUGAUGAACCGGACAAUGAUGAACACGAACACGACGAGAAGUCUCCGGGGCUAUGGAGUACCAUAUUUCGGGCUAUGACGGUGGACCUUCCACUGUCAUUGUCCCCAGUCGCCGAAGCACUAAAAGACCCAUUGGCAAGAGUGAUGAUGCUUAUUUUUCUCAUAAUCGAUAUCAGUAUGGCGGUGCUGGUCACGUUCACUCAGUUUGCAUCAGCACUCUCUCAUUGGAGUCUCGCGGACGUCAAUGCUGUUACAUCUUUCCACUUGGUAGUGAGCACCACAGCCCUCUUUGCCCUGCCAGUCCUGUCCAACUGGCUGGUUAGAAUACUGCAUUCUACCAAACAGCGGGUAGACCUGUGGACCGCGUCAUGGAGUACAGUUGCAAAGAUCAUCGGGAUGGUUGGUAUUGGACUUGCACCGACGCAAUGGACCUGCUUCACGUCAUUGAUGAUAUAUGCCCUUGGAUAUGGACUUCCAGACGCCCUUCGUUCGUUGGCAACCUGCGGGCUUGAGGACGAGAGAUCGAUCCAGAGCCUGUAUAUGGGGAUAGGUCUGGCGCAGGAAGUGGCAGGCCUUGUAGGAAGUCCCAUUUGGACCACUAUAUUUUAUGCCACUCUUGAUGGCGAUAUUCCGCUGCCAAAGGGAUCACAUUUCUUGGCCGCUGCGUCCUUGUUAGGUAUUGCUCUAGCUAUAAUAAUUAGGGUACUGGCGAAACGUCUCAAGACGUGAAAAUAUAGGAUGCUUGUACUUGGGGCGAAGCUACUGCACAUUAGAACAUAUAUGAUUCACACGGCUUUGCUGACUUCGCUCGGUUUACAAUAAACGAUCGACCGAGCAGGUGUUUACUCCUGCAAUCAGAAGGGUUCAAAAUUCGGGUUUCUGGAAUCGGAAUGUCCAUAGCAAGACGUCAUCAGCCUCUACGUAGAUUAAAGAUACUCCUCGUCGAUUUUUCGCUUCAAGCUUCACCGCUAUUUUGCCACGUUUAUCCACCCUGAUUCGGUGUAUCUUGAAGACUUAAAGAAAGAGGUCAUUAAAAGGUUCGGCUCGUAUGCGGAACUCAGAUGUUCGAAACUGGAGAAGAUAUCAAUCAAGUCAAAGCGUGGGCUAUCGUUUGAGUGGUAGAAGGUGGUGCAAAGGAUUGAGUGGCUAGCUGAGGGUAUACGAAGCAUUGCAGCUUGCA